UGUUUCCCUCGUAGCACAUCAUACAAUCGAGCGUGAUCAUCCUCAUCUUCAAUACGAAAUAGCUAUGGAUCUGUCCAUGAAGCUUUGCGUGGCCCUUCUCCUGAUUCUUGUGGUCUCAGAGGGCCAUGGGUUAGUGCAGGUAGCUUUGGCAAGGGAGUGUCAAUCACCGAGCCACGCAUUCAAGGGGUUGUGUGCAAGCGACACUAAUUGCGCGAGUGUUUGCCUCACCGAGGGUUUCACCGGAGGAAAGUGUGUUGGCUUUCGACAACGUUGUUUCUGCACCCGGAAUUGCUAGAUUACCCAAAUGUCUUCAUGCAUACAUGUAGAUCUUAUAUGUAUGUGCAAAGAAAAAAGCACCGAUCAGUAGAGAUAAAUGAAUAAAAGGAAUUGCAUCAUCAUAUGAACCCUCGUAGUA